GCCAAGUCCGUCCUCUUCGACCUCAUUCCUGGAUUUGUUCAGAGGUAUGAAUUUGCUUUGCCGAAGACUGAAGCGUCGAGGACUUUGAACAACUCUACUCACAUUCAUAUUUUUUUCUUCAAGUAAUGGACAUUUGACUACUAUUUUUGCCUCCAGUUUGUUCCUGAAGGAAAGGCUAACGUUAGCUUUUAGCUAUCACAGCCCCACCCAUAAGAACUCUUUCAGUUGAUAUUAAAACCAUGAAGGUUGACGAUAUAAAAUUUAUGAAAUAAGAGAUAUAAGUGCCUGAAAAGCACACUCUAUUACACCCGAGACGCUGAGGAUCUAUAGUAUCAAUAGAAUUGGGUUAUUUGCAGUGUUGUGGAGGUCUGAGACUUUAUAAAACUUCUACUACAACAGUUACACGGACAUGGCAGGGGAACCAGUGGACCCCAGAGAGAUUUUGAAGGGUGUGGAGGCUCUGCUGGGGAAGGAUGGAGAGCUCCGCAGCCUGGAGGGAGUCCCAAAGGUGUUUAGCCUGAUGAAAGGUUCAACCAAGAUGGUCAGUAGAUGUAUGUACCUGAACAUCCUCCUGCAGACAAAAUCCCAUGAUGUGCUUAACAGGUUUAUCAGAGUUGGUGGUUACAGGAUGCUCAACUCCUGGCUCACCUACUCCAAAAGUACCAACAACACCCCCCUGCUGCAGCUCAUCCUGCUCACACUGCAGAAGCUGCCUCUCAAAGUGGACCACCUCAAGCAGAACAACACAGCCAAGCUGGUGAAGCAGCUUAGCAAGAGUGCAGAAACCGAAGAGCUCAGGAAGUUGGCGUCUGUGCUAGUGGAUGGCUGGAUGGCUACAAUCCGCUCUCAGAGUGUGUCAAGCAGCAGCAACUCUCCUGCCGAUAAGAAAAAGAAAAAAGAAGAGGGCAAGGUAACAGUGCGGGAUUUAAAGGAAAGGAGUGGAGAUGAAGAGAAGAAGAAAGAGAAACCGAAAGCUCAUGCACCCAGCCACACAAAGAUUCGGUCCAUAGGAUUGGAGAUGGACACUCCCAAUGUGGCUCUUGCUAAGAAGGCGCCCACUGCCCCGCAGCUGGGUGACAAGUACAACAUCAAGCCUCCAGUCCUCAAGAGGCCAAGCUCGGGUUCAUCAGAUGCUCCACCUCUGGAGAAAAAAUACAAACCUCUAAAUACCCCCUCAAACUCUGCCAAAGAGAUCAAAGUCAAGAUCAUUCCAGCACAACCGAUGGAGGGCACAGGGUUCCUAGAUGCUCUGAACUCUGCCCCAGUGCCCGGGAUCAAGAUCAAGAAGAAGAAAGCUAGUACUGUUACUACAGCUAACACCAAGGUUGUCUCCCCCACUUCUAACAAGGCGAGUCCAUUUGACAGCAAACCCUCUGCGUAUUCUACAUCUUCCACUAAACCAUCAUCUCCAGAAAGUGCUGCUUCCGUCACUACCGUUGAUGAAAACCAGGAGCCAGAGCAGCCUGGGACCCCCGUUCCCUCAGAGGACACAGAGCUCUCUGACAACGGUGAGAAGCCUAACGCUUUGGCAGAACCUCGUGGAGAGGAAGAAAGCUUGACUAAGAAGGGCAAAAAGAAGAAGACAGUUCACUGGGCUGAGGAGGAGCAGCUCAAACACUACUUCUAUUUUGAUUUGGAUGAGACAGAGAGAGUCAACGUCAACAAGAUUAAGGAUUUCGGUGAGGCUGCUAAACGAGAGCUGAUGAUGGACAGGCAGACGUUUGAGAUGGCCCGUAGGCUCUCGCAUGACACCAUGGAAGAGAGGGUCCCCUGGACACCCCCAAGGCCUCUGACGCUGACUGGCAGCCUGGUCACCCCAGGGGCCAACAGCACAGAGAAACUCACCCAGAGAGACCGCGAGAUGGGCAUCCUGCAGGAGAUCUUUCUCAGCAAAGAGAGUGUUCCGGACAGUCCACAUGAACCAGACCCAGAGCCUUAUGAACCCAUGCCUCCUCGUCUUAUCCCUCUAGAUGAGGACUCCUCCAUGCUGGAUGAGGGCUAUGUUGAUCCCAUGGACACGUCUUUACAGCAGGGCUCUGCCAUGGCCCAGAACGAGAGCUCCAAGCUGCCGCCCGUCCUGGCCAACCUCAUGGGCAACCUGAGCAACAGCUCUCGCAGCCCUCAAGCCACAAACACUGCCAACAACCCUGUGGCUCCCACUGUCAAUGUACAGGAACUGCUCUCAUCUAUCAUGGGUGCUUCUGGUAAUCAGUCUACUGACGACUUGAUAAAGCAGCCAAACUUCUCAGACAAGAUUAAACAGCUACUUGGCUCCCUUCAGCAGACCCAGAACCAGAACCAGGGUGGACCCCCGCCAGUCAAUCCAGGUUUACUGGGUCACGGUCCAGGCAUGAACAAUAUGAACAACAUGAACAUGCACAUGCAGAUGCCCAUGAAUGGGGGCUACCCAACUAACAAUCCACCCGGCGGUCCUCGCUUCAACCACCCUCCACCUCCUCACAACCACGGCCCACCUUUCAACGCUGGUGGAGGCCCACGCAUGAUGGGGCCACCGCCAGGCCAGGGCCGAGGAGACAAUGGUAACUACUGGGGAGACGACUCCAUGAGAGGAGGGCCCCACAGAGGGGGCCACUUCCACAGAGGAGGACGGGGCCGAGGAGGAGGAGGGGAGCCGGGCUUCAGGGGCAGAGGACGAGGGGGACCCAGAGGAGGACACAACAACAUGAAUGACAUGUCCAAGAGACCCGUGUGUCGUCACUUCAUGAUGAAGGGAAGCUGUAGGUACGAAAGCAACUGUGCUUUCUACCAUCCUGGUGUAAAUGGACCACCACUGCCCCCCAACCACCCAGCUAACAACCAACACAACCAGCACCCACAGCAUGGACACUAGGUGACACUGCUGCCUACCUGGGAACAACUCUUAGAACUGCUUGCCUCUGGAAGAGCCAUUCUCUGUGAUCAAACCACUGCAGGCUGUAUGAGACACAAGCAUAGAAAGGGUCUGCUGUGUCUGUGACGUCGCUGUGCCUCACCUGAGAGAGACCACAAGAGAGGAGCUGGGAGAGGAUCACUGAUGGUACUUUGUGUUUUUAUUGGGAUAAUUUUUAACAGUGGAACUGAAACAAGCCACCACACGACCUCCAUCUGUCCGUCACAUUCUACAAUAUUAACAUGGUCGACCAAAUGGAACUCUCCAACUCAGCAGAAAGCUUGCCACAUGACUGAAUUUUCUUCUUAUUGUGCACCUACAUGUCAUGUUGCUUUCAUAUCCCCUUUAGUUUUGGUACUUCACAGGUCAAGUCUGUACAGAAUAGUCAGAAAUGUUUUCCUUUCUUACACAAUUCUUACAUGUGAAACAAAAUGUUGGAAGCACUUUACAGACAAAACAACCAACUGAAUUGAGCCACAGCUAGGAUUUAUUCAACCUGGGCCUGAAGAAGAACUGCACAGUAUUCAAAAUGCUUUAUUUCACCCAAUCCUGAGCAAACUUUAGAAAUGAGCUCUGGUGAGGAAGGCCUUUUUUGUGUUUUCUUCCAGCAGCUGGUUUUGGAUGUAAAGAGAUUAUGAAGAAGCAACAGCAGUGUGCUUUAUCAUAUGGACGUUUUCCCUCUGUGCACUCUGGUCCAGCAGCUCGUCGUCAGACCGUCUGCGUAUGGCGUGACAAUCAUGAGCUUCAGACAUGCCAUGAUCCUGUCAAAAGUGCAGUUUCUCCCUGAUCUCAGAGCUGCUACCUGUGUCUUCUGUACUCCCAUCUGAACCCAGGAGGGGUUUCUAUUGUCAGUGUUAGAGUCAGAUGAAUGUGGCUCGGCUAGAUUGAGUGUUUUCUGUGAAAACAAUGACCUCUGUGUCUCUUGUGGGACUGUAAGAAUGUAAUGGUUUUGUUGUUCCCUCCACCAUUUUAUUUUUAUUUUGAUGCAAUCCUGAGAAUGUUGGCCCUCUUCAACAUGGGUUCAGCUUCUUGUCAGUAUGAAAUGUUUGUAUUUGCGUGUUUGUAUGAAUGCAGAAUACACAUUCAUAAACACACUCACUCAUAUUUUCUGUUGAAUUCUUUUGUACAGUGUUUUGAAUAAAUGUCCAAACAUAAA